AAAAGCUGUGUUAGCUAGGCGUGAAACUAGUAAUAAUAUAUACAUAUAUGUAAUUAAACUGUUAAUUGGAUUUUCUGAUUGGAGAUGGUUAGAGUGGGACAGUAAAUUAAUUCAGAAUGUUAUUUAUCUAAAUCCGGAUUAAGGUGAAUACAAGAGAGAAUGUUACCUGUAGCAGGUGUUUCUUUUAUAUUACAUAUUGCAGGUAUUAUCUAUACAAAGGCUGAAAGUGAUACGACAAAGAAUCAGUAUGCUAGAUUUCCAUGUCCAUUUUUACCACCCUCGAACCAAAUCCCAACAUCUGUGCACAAGUUGAGACCAGGAGAUAUUCAAGUUGUUUCUGCAUUAGGGGAUUCCAUAACAGCUGGUAAUGGUAUAGAUGCAGACACUGUAAUUGGAUCAUUAAUUCAGUAUAGGGGCUUAUCAUGGAGUAUAGGUGGUGACGAAUUUUAUGAAAAGCAGAUCACCCUACCCAAUAUUUUGAAACACUACAAUCCCAAGCUGUAUGGUUUUUCAACAAAAGAAGGUGAUUAUGAGGACGCUGAUUCUGGUUAUAAUGUAGCCAAACCAGGAGCUGUAUCCAGUGAUCUGAAAGAUGAGGUGAAUGUUUUAAUUAAUCGUAUGAAGAAUGAUAGUAAAGUUGAUAUAAAUAAUGAUUGGAAAAUGGUAACAUUAUUUAUAGGAUCAAACGAUAUAUGUUAUUAUUGUUCAUCGCCGUUGAUGUACAGUAGUGAAAACUUCACGAACAAUAUACAGCAUAUACUAGAUGUAUUAAAGGAGGAGUUACCCAGGACACUUGUCAAUAUUGUUCCUGUUCUAAACAUGACAUCUUUAUCUGAGUUAAACGAUCAUUUAACGUGUGCUAUCUCCCACUUGGCUCUGUGCUCCUGUGCUGUAUAUCCAGAUACACCAGAAGAUAAAGAAGAUAUUAUAAAACUCAACCAUAACUAUAGACAGGGAUUAAUAGAUUUAUUAUCAACCAGUAGAUAUGAUACUACUGAUGAUUUUACUGUUGUAUUACAACCUUUUACCUUAGAUGUUGACAUACCUCAUACGCCAGACGGCGAACCAGACUUCACCUAUUUUGCGCCGGAUUGUUUUCAUUUUAGUAGAAAGGGACACUCUACAUUCGCAAGGUCCCUUUGGAAUAAUAUGCUUCAACCAGUUGGGUUUAAAAACACGAGUAUGACUUUUGAUGACCAUCUAGAAUGUCCAGUUGAGAGCCGUCCAUAUAUCUACACACGUAAGAACAGCUCCCCAACUGGACAUACAAGUCUAUGAUAUAAUAAGGUAACUAGCCAGGGAUGAACACCUCCCCCAACUGGAUAUACAAGUCUAUGAUAUUAUCUUUAUAAUGUAAAUAUGUAAUAAAGAUCCCAUACAACUAA